AUGCAGACUGUGGACAAGCGGAAGAUCUUUGCCUGCGCCAACCAAGACUGCGGCUUCCGCGUCUCUUCGGACCCGGCGCUUGGGGGCUUCUGCUGCCGAGGCUGCUACGCAGCUCUCAGUUCCGGAGGCCCUCCGGAGCACGAUGAGGACUGCGAGCAGGUGCCAGCGGCUGCCUUCCUGCCGCGGGCGCCUGCCAACGCGGCCCCAAAGCGAGGUGCACAAGUAGUCCGUCCCCCACUAUGGCCGCCGACGAAUGGGACUCACCUUUGCAUCCCUGCCGCGGCAAAGCAGCCCCGUCAACCACAGUAUCCCCCGCCGAAGAAAUCUCGGAUCACCGCGGCUGAGCCCUGGUGGACUGAACCUGUCGACGACUUCUGCGAAGAGGCGGAGUUUGAGAUCGAGGAGGAAGAAGACUUUCCUCCUGUCCCGGCUCGGCCGAUUCCCUGCAUACCGAAAGCCAAAGCGGCGAAGAAUGGAGCCAAAGCGCCCCAAUCUGUUUUUCGGGGUAUUCCGAAGGCUAAGGCCCAAGCUGUUCCGAGAGCAAACGAGGCCUAUGCUGUUUACGAGGAGGCGCAAAUUCUUCCCGUAGGUCGUAUACCAAAAGCCAGCUUUUCGCUGGAAAAUGGGGUGGUGCAGAGUGCCACCAGCAAGGCCUCCGGGGCCUCAGGGCCCACCGCUGCCUCGGCUUCCUCCUUCUUCCGUGGGGUGCCGAAGGCCAAGGCCUCCGCCGCCCCUUUCGCGAUUUACGAAGAGGACGAAGGCGAGUCGCUGGAGGAAGAGCCGCUGCCCGUCGUACGGCCCAAGCGGCCCCCCAAGAAGCGGCAAAAGGCCUCCGCGGCCUCGGAGGAGCAGAGCGCAGAGGAAGAGGUCAUGGCCUCCUCCGUUGACGUCGAGGCUUUGGAGCGGAAGGCUGCCGAGCGUGCGGAGGAGCGCUUUGCCUUGGGCGAGGCGACGCUGGCGGAUCUCAAGUUACUGGGAAGGAAGAAACGAAAGUUCCUGCCGUGCAAGGAUGCCUUUGGCUUCACCUUCUGUGAAGGUAUCGCAGAGGAUUUUAUGGUUUGCCACAUGUGCUUGCAGGUGCAUGGCUCCAUCAAUGAACCCGAAACGCUGGAGUGCGAAGCUUCGUCGGAGUCGGACUUGGUCGUUCGUAGCUUUACGUAG